AUGCCUCCUCCCUCGGAUCAACGUCAUAAUGUCGACCCCCCGGAGGAGAUCACCUCCGAGGCCGUCCGCGGCUUCUUGACCGGUGCUUUUCGGUUCGGCUCCGUCUCCAUCCUGGCGCAUAUGAUUAUGAUCCUCCCUCAUCCUUUCAAGUUCUCGUCGCCCUCGUCGGCCCCCGUCCCAUCGCAGUCCCCGUCGCAACCUCCGCCCAAGCAAUCGCCCUUUUCGAAGGAGUUCAUUCGCUCGCGACUCUUCUAUCGCCCGUUAGAGGGCUUCUCUGAGUGGCUGUCCCCCGCUUCGAAGAUCUACCGCGGCUUGACGCCUCAAUUCAAAGUGUUUCUCCAUAUCGGGGCCAUGACGCUGGGUGGAUGUAUCUGGGCGGAGCGCCGAGUCGAUGAAUACAUUAAGUAUAUUCGCAAGGUCAAACGGCUCGAAAAACUACAAGCAGAGAGAGCCGCGCGGGGACUGGAGUAA